AGUUUUGUGGAAAUUUUAGAUAAGUUUUAUUAUUAAUUUUACGUUUCGUGAACCUUUCUGCACAGAGGUACAAUUAGUGUGUUAUCGAAAUUAAAUCGUGAGACAAGCUAUAAAUGGAUCGAGUGAUCGAUGAUAUGGCCACAGAAGAAGCUGAAAAUCUGAACCCUUCCCAAGAUGAGGAGGACGAGGAAGAAAUCCCGAUGACUGCACAGCAGUUGCUGGAAAAUCUCCAACGUGCAUGGAUGAAUGAGAAGUUUGCCGUGCAGCUGCUGCCGUACGAAGAGGCCAUCGUGGACAUGGUCAUGAGUCAACUUGUGCACAUGGAGGAUAAUUUGGCCAGUACGAAUAAGAACGAUAUGCUGUACAUCGCUCAUCGGAUGGAAGUGGAACGGAUAAGGUACGUCCUGGCAAGUUAUCAUCGGUGUCGGUUGCAAAAAAUAGAGGAGUACACUUUUCACAUUCUGGAAGAAGAAUCCAAACGGCCGGAGGGUGACAAGAGGCUGUCGGCAGGGGAGUUCCAGUUUGCAACGGAUUUUUAUAAAAGUAUGGAGAGCCAUUUCAAUCAGCUGGCGGUGCGCCAUAUGCCUCAGAAUCACCAGGAUGAUGAACAUGUCCGCAGGGUUGUACCGAACAUCGACGGCCACGUCUUCAUACGGGCCAAGGAGAGUGUGGCAGAAUUUUCGAUUAGUGCCGAUCAUGAAACGAUCAACAUCGCCGCAGGGUCGAUCCAUAUGUUUAAGUAUAGGGACGUGGAACCGUUAGUGAUGGAGGGAAUAGUUGAAUUAAUUUAAUUUGUUUAUUUGUUUAUUUGAAUAAGAGCUUAUUGUGAGAAAUCCAUGAAAUCGGUAUGAGUCUGAGUGUUACCGU